AUGUCAAACAACGCAUACGUUAGUGCAGUUAGGUCACCACCCACCAUGCGGCCAGUGCCAAUAUGCCCGGUAUGCACAAAAGGAUUCCAAUACAAAUGCAUCGAGCGCGGCCACAUCCAGCUCUGCACGGUGUGUACAGCGACAUGGUGCCCCCAAAAGCAGCUCAACUGCCCACACUGUCUCCCGAUCCCCGGUGAGGAGGCCAUCUGGGACCAUUACUACAUGGUGAACUGGUUCCUCGACUACGAGGGAGAUGUUACAGUAAGUGACGAUGACAAUGAAACGAUCAGCGACUCCGGUAGCUAUGACGGCCGUGUCGAGUCUGAUGUCUUGCAGGCCGCCCAUGCCCUUGUUGAGUUGAGCACGGAGUGGAGACAGGCUGCGAUGAACAAGAGCAUGGGCGUUGCAUCGUUGAGGUACAGUAAGGCUACGCAGGAAGAGAUCCGGUAUGCGCUUCAGGGCAUUCAAAACCCCAAGCGCCGUGGGCGUAAAGGGAAGACCCCGGCCUCCAUUCUGGCCCGGGAUCGCUCCCUCGCUAUAGAGCAGUAUGUGAAACUUAUCUGUAAGACGCUGCCACCCGGCGAGAACGAGGUUGAAAUCGCAGUUAGGGAGAUCGAGGCCCUCAUGGGCCAGCCCCCCAAACAGCUUGUUGAUGCCGUUAAAGCUAUUCGCGUUGUAAAGGACGAGUGCUUCAGGCUUACGGGUCGAGAUUACUGGGCCAGAUACUAA